CAUACCUACAUACAUAUAUAGGUAUGUACCCAACCCUAAUGCUUUCCAUCCAACCCCGCAUUAGCUCCAUGAAUGUACUGCACCCCUUCAAGUGCCAGAAAACAAAAGCUAAAAGACAUUCCCCCGCGUGCCUGCUCGCGAUGCUCUCUCAUCAGCAUAUUUGUAGCAGUCAGUCGCUUGAAAUGGUGAUAUCCUCUUCUAAUGUCUUCCCCCGUUUCUAG